GAACCUUCUCGACUUGUGAAUAAACAAAGAUCAUCUCACCUUUGAUGACCAAUCAGACGCACGUCUGUCUAGAACCGCGCUCUGCAAUAUCAACAGAGCGGUCAAUAUAUAAGAGCUAGCUAGCGAAAUAUAUAAGACUCCAGCAAGCUUGACUGCGCAGAGCACGCGUUUUCUCUCUUGUUUCUUAAUGGGUGAUCGAAGUCAGUAUUUCUCCAUCGAAAAUCUCCUCGGCUUGAAGCAACCAAUCAAGAGCUUCCCUACAGAGAAAAAUGGCGAGGGGUCCCAAAGAAAGCGCAGGACUUACAGGAGAAAGCUCUUCACCGAUACGCAAUUAGAGUCUCUAAACACCGCCUUCGCUAGGCAAAAAUACCUCUCUUCAAAAGAACAAGGCGAGCUUGCAACCACCCUUGGCCUGACUUCAAAGCAGAUCAAGACGUGGUUCCAGAACAAGCGUUACAAAUCAAGACAAAAGGAAAUGAAAAACCUGUUCUGGCUUGGCGGAGGGUGCCUUGGAGCGCUGUACCAAGAUAAAAGCACACUUCCGCCACUCACGCUUGGCUUUCAACACCAUUACAACUACUGCAGUAAAGACGUUCAAGAGAUGCUACAGCCUCUUUGUAAAUGGCGAGGUGCAUGGACUUCGCAAGAAAGGGCUCCUUGGCCUAGAGGGGAGGUUACAUGUCCUAGCCAAGUGAACUUGACACGGCAGAGUCAAGGCCAGGUUACUUGGCCCUCAAAAGGGGUGACUGCGUGUCAUAGGCAAAGGAGCCUCGCACAACAGAGUCAAGGCCAGGUUACUUGGCCGAGGAAUCGGGACUUUACUUCAAGGCAAUAGUUUUUUUGAACUUUAAGAUGAUUUGGCUUGAAGUAACGGUUGGGGCACAGCCGCCAGAGACUGUAGCUCGCCAAAAAAAAAUUCAACUUUCAAAAAUGCUUUUGAUGCGUGAUAAAGAAGUGUUACGUGACGCAAUACCAUCAAUAAUGCAUCUUAGCUGAUUUUAUUAGACGAUUAUAGUAAUUCCAUUCAAUGAUUAAUAUUAUAUAUUACCACAGGGCCGCUGUAGUUUUGAUGCCUGUACGAUGAACAAUCAGACUGAUUACUAUAUUAAACUUGCCAAGUCAGGGGGGACUCGGA